AUGAAGACCCUCAUUCUCUUCUUCUCAAUACUCACCCUCCAAUUGCUCCGCGCCACGUCGGAUGGGUGCCAUCCGGACGACGAGAAGGGUCUCAUGAGCUUCAAAGCUGGCAUCACCCACGAUCCGUCUGGCAUGCUCUCCCUGUGGAAACCUGGCACCGAUUGUUGCCAGUGGCGCACCACGACCUGCCUCGCCAGCGGUCGUGUCAACUCGAUCUGGCUCACGGGAAGCCCUGACCAGCCCAACUCCUACUUAGCCGGUACUAUUUCUCCAUCUCUCGCGAAGCUUGAGUUCCUCAACGGACUCUACAUGAUGAACCUGAGAAACAUCACGGGCGGGUUCCCCACCUGGUUGUACGGAAUGCACAACCUGAUGUACUUAUAUUUACAAAACGUGCCACUGACCGGUCGACUCCCCCGAGACAUUGGCCGGUUCGGAGGCCGGCUAAACGCCCUGAACCUGGCAGGAAACCGGUUCACCGGAGCGAUACCCAGUUCCAUAUCCAAUCUAACCAGCCUGUCCGAGCUAAACCUCGCCGGCAACUUCCUCACCGGGAAAUUCCCGCUCGGCAUCCGCAACCUCACGAACUUGGAAACCUUGGAUCUCCAGAACAACCAGCUCGCUCGAUCCAUCCCUGAGAUCUUCUCUUCUCUCACCCGUCUCAGGUACCUCCGACUCUCCGGCAACAAUUUUACCGGGAAAAUCCCAAACUCAAUCUCAUCCCUUUCCCCAAACUUAGAAUACCUCGAGCUCGCCCGCAAUUCCCUCACCAGCCAAAUCCCUAGCUUCCUCGGAAGCUUCCACUCGCUCGACACCAUGAAUCUCGCCUGGAACAAUCUCACCGGACCCGUACCGAAAUCGUUCAAGAAUCUCACGAAGAUCUUCAAUUUGGAUCUCUCCCACAAUUCCCUCGUCGAUCCUUUCCCUGUUAUGAACGUGAUGGGGAUCGAGACCCUAGAUCUGUCGUACAACAAAUUCCACCUGGGGAGAAUCCCCGAUUGGGCGAGUUCUUCCCCGAUUCUCUACUCCCUGAAGCUGGCUAAGUGCGGGAUCAAGAUGAAUUUGACGAAUUGGAGGCCACAGCAGACGUAUUUCUACGAUUAUCUUGACUUAUCGGAGAAUGAGAUCUGGGGGAGUCCGGUUUGGUUGCUAAACCAGACCGAUUAUUUGGUUGGGUUUUGGGCGUCGGGGAAUAAGCUGAGCUUCGAUUUGAGGCAGAUGAGGAUUGUGGGGACGAUGAAGGAUUUGGAUCUGUCGAGGAAUUCAAUUUACGGCGGGGUGCCGAGUUCGGUUGCCGGAUUGCGGAAUUUGAAUGUGAGCUGGAAUCAUUUGUGUGGAAGGUUGCCGCCGACGAAGUUUCCGGCGAGCUCGUUUGAAGGGAAUAAGUGUCUUUGUGGCUCCCCUUUGCAGCCUUGUAAAUAA